CGUCCCUGCACCCAGCUCCGAAACGCCACCGGUCUUUCGGACACUUUGGAAUGACAACAAAUCGAGAGAAAGGAAAAGUUGAGUGACGAGGCCGGAAUAUCGUUAGGCGAGGCGUUUAGACGUCGUUAACCCAAGUAUCUCCAGUCGUUUCAAACGCGAACAUGGCCAAGCAUCACCCGGAUCUGAUCUUCUGUCGCAAGCAACCGGGAGUCGCCAUCGGUCGGCUGUGCGAAAAAUGCGACGGCAAAUGCGUCAUCUGCGACUCCUACGUGAGGCCGUGCACCCUGGUCAGAAUAUGCGACGAGUGCAAUUACGGCUCCUACCAGGGACGUUGCGUGAUAUGCGGCGGUCCCGGCGUGUCGGACGCGUAUUACUGUAAAGAGUGCACGAUACAGGAAAAAGACAGAGACGGCUGUCCCAAGAUAGUAAACUUGGGAAGCUCAAAGACAGAUCUCUUCUACGAGAGAAAGAAGUAUGGAUUCAAAAGAAGAUAAUUACACUUUUUCUAUAUAGAACCCUUCCUAAUUGUAACGUUACGAGAGAGCAUCAGGUAAUUUAUUAUUUUUAUAAAAGUAUCGCGGUAGCAACACGAUUUUGUUUUGCAGUGUGUUGUAGAGAAUCGUCCUGGAUAUCUCAAUUUUCCAUUGUAAAUGCUCUGUGAGCUAAAAGUGAACAUAGCAAAGAUAAAAUUAUUCCGACAAAAGCUUGUAAAAAUAAAUGUUUAAUUUGUUACAUGA